AUGGAUUCGUCGCCGGAGAAGGAAUCGACGAGCCGCGGAUCAGAUCGCAUCAGCGGCCUCACCGACGACGUGCUGGGCCAAAUCCUCUCCUUCCUCCGCAACAAGAAGGCUGCUGGCACCGCCGCGCUGGCCCGCCGGUGGCGCUACAUCUUCGGCAGUGUCCACGACGUCUGGUUCGGAGAGGGACCGGGCGACAGGGCCAACGACUGGUACACCUACUACGUCCAGGCCCAUGAGAGGAAGAGCUGCAGCGACAAGCUCCUCGACGAUAUCAACGCUGCGCUGCUCUGCCGCCGCCGGCUUCAUGGCAGCAACCUCCCGGAGCUCCACCUCUACCUGUGCUUCCGCAUCGGCCUGUACUGCAACCCCCGCCUCAUCGACAGCAAAAAGGCAGCAGACAGCGGCUCCGAUGACGACGAUAUGGAGUGGGAGAAAGCUAGGUGGGACAAUGUCCUCCCACAAAGGCUCUUCUCCUGCACCGCCCUACGGACGCUGUGCGUCACCCACUGCCGGCUCAAGCUACCGGCAAUCGUCGACAUGCCGUUCCUCGAGACGCCGGCCAUCCCGGAUUCCGGCAGAAGUAUCCAGCGGCUAAUCUCCAGCUGCCCCCGCCUUGCCUACCUGACACUGGAAUCCCUCGGCAAGCUGAGAAGGAUCACCGUUCGCGACAAACGCCUCCGCCGGUUCGCCCUCCACUGCUGCCAAAACAUCAAGUCCAUCGACAUCGACGCGUCGGAGCUGAGCUACAGGGGCACGGUGCCCUUGGAGUCCCUCCUACCUCAGCAUGGCGCACAGUCGUUAAUCCCUUCAUGGACAAUCGAUCUUUGCGUCUUCCCCUCCGAGGCGGCGGGGUUCGCCAGGUUCGCAAGGUUUCUCGGGAAGAUCUCGCAUGCGAAGCACCUGCAUCUGCAUCCUUGUUGCUUAGACAGCAGGUUCUUUGUGGCAGGGGCGUUCCCGCUGUUCUCCAGCCUGACAUACCUCACGCUUUGCAUCCCAAGCUCUGGAACGACUGUCGGCACGGUGCGCGUGAUCUUGGAGCAGACCCCAAACCUGGAGGUUCUUUCGCUGCUGAUGCUGGGCGGCGAUGUGGUUCCUGAGGAGACCAUAGUUGACCCGGACAAGUGGAGCUUCUCGAUCCCGUGCUUGCGCCGUCGGCUGAGGGAGAUCAGCAUGGAAUAUUACAAGGGCAGCAAGCCGCAGAAGAUGCUGGCCGGGCUCUUGCUUCGUCACGCGCUGGUUCUUGAAAGGCUGCACGUCGUGUUCUUCGAGUGUUUGGAUUUUAAAUGGAGAUCUAGACUAGAGAUCCAGAUGGGAGGAUGGGCACUGGCCGAAUCAGAAAAGACUUUCAUCUAA